AUGAGGGGGUUGCGGUCAAACCCUCCGCGACCUAAACUGCUCCAGGAGAGAAGAGAGAGAGAGAGAGAAAAGAGGCGAGUGAGUGCGCGGUCUCCGCAGCAGAAGCUCCUGCUGAAGCUCUGCGUCCAGCCUGUAUGGGCUAGUCCGCUAGCUAACUUAGCAUCGCCCCUGCGCCUUGCCGCGGUGAACACCGAGUUCUACGUUUCCCUCCCGGGCUCGCCUUCCCUCCCUUCCCGGUUUGAAGAUGAUGAAGUUUCGGUUCCGUCGGCAGGGCACCGACCCGCAGAGAGAGAAGAUAAAACAGGAGCUGUAUGCUUUUAACAAGACGGUGGAGCAUGGCUUCCCCCAUCAGCCCAGCGCUCUGGCCUUUGACCCCAAGCUGCAGCUGAUGGCCAUCGGCACCAAGUCAGGCGCCAUUAAAAUUUAUGGAGCACCUGGUGUGGAGUUCACAGGACUCCACAAAGAGACCUCUGCUGUCACGCAGAUUCACUUCCUGCCUGGUCAGGGUCGUCUUCUGUCUCUGCUGGAUGACAACACGAUUCAUCUGUGGGAGCUGGUCGCCGGACCUCCAAAGGAAGUGGGAGGGGCUAAGAAAGAGGGUGUGGUCUCUCUAAAACAAGUGGACAGCUACAGCCUCCCUGGAAGGCCUGGCAUUGAAAGCUGCAGUGCUACGCGAGUGACGGUCCUCCUCUUGCUCAAGUCAUGUGACCUGUUGUGCAUUGGGACAGAAGGAGGAGGAGUUUACUUUGUGGAGUUGCCUCGCCUCUCUCUGCUGGGGAACCAGACGCUGUUCCAGGAUCAGAUCACACAGAGGCUGCCGGAUGAAUACAGAUGUGGAAAAUCAUUAGGACCAGUGGAAUCUCUCCAGGAACACCCCCGGCAGCCAGGGAAGAUUCUGAUUGGCUACAGCCGAGGUUUGGUGGUCCUGUGGGAUCUGAGCACCCAUCAGGCUGACCAGCUGUUCCUCGGCAAACAGCAGCUGGAGAGCCUGGUGUGGGAACGAUCUGGGAGCUCAUUUGUCAGUUCUCAUAACGAUGGAGGCUAUUCAGUGUGGGCCGUUACCGGUGGCAACCCUUGCAGUCACCAGCCAGUGUCCUCCACCAUCCCAUACGGUCCGUUUCCUUGUAAAGCCAUCAACAAGAUCUUAUGGAGGACGUCCCAGACUGGCUCCCCAGUGCUGCUGUACAGUGGCGGGAUGCCCAGGGCCAGCUACGGAGACCGACACUGUCUGACCGUCCAGCAGGACAAAGACCACGUCACUUUGGACUUCACGUCUCGAGUCAUCGACUUCUUCACCGUCCACAGCACAGAGCCCGAGAAAGAGUUCGACGACCCAUCAGCCUUGGUGGUGCUGCUAGAAGAGGAGCUGGUAGUGAUCGACCUGCAGACGCCCGGCUGGCCCGCCGUGCCUACUCCCUACCUCGCUCCUCUUCACUCCUCGGCCAUCACCUGCUCCUGCCACAUCUCCAGCGUCCCCCCCAAGCUGUGGGAGAGGCUAGUCAACGCUGGCAGAGCUCAGCGGGACCAGCAGCACACACACACGAGCUGGCCGAUUUGUGGAGGGAAGAAUCUGGCACCUCCACCCAAACGGCAAGAGUUGCUAUUGACAGGACAUGAGGACGGCACCGUGCGCUUCUGGGAUGCGUCAGGUGUUGCUCUGACUCCUCUGUACAAACUCAGCACAGCUAACGUCUUCCACACCGACUGUGACCCCUGUGAUGACCCCCACGACACCAGCAGCGACCCCGACCUGCAGCUGGAGGAGGAGUGGCCUCCGUUCAGGAAGGUGGGCUGCUUCGACCCGUACAGCGACGACCCGAGGCUCGGCAUCCAGAAGAUCAGCCUGUGUAAAUACAGCAACAAGCUGGUGGUGGCUGGAACAGCUGGCCAGGUCAUCGUGUUGGGUUUUAACGACGAGCGCUCGGAUCACUCGGUGGGCGUGUCGACGGUUGACCUCCUGCAGGACAAGGAGGGUUUCACCUGGAAGGGCCACGACAGGCUGGAGCCUCGUCUCAAACCCGCCCCCUUCCCCCAGGGCUUCCAGCCCCAGGUGCUGGUUCAGUGCCUGCCCCCGGCCUCGGUCACCGCUGUGGCGCUGCACACCGAGUGGAACCUGAUCGCCUUCGGGACGAGUCACGGGUUUGGUCUUUUUGACUACCACAGGCGAAACGCUGUGCUGGCCAGAUGCACCCUACACCCGAACGACUCGCUGGCGAUGGAGGGGCCCCUCUCCAGAGUCAAGUCUUUGAAAAAAUCCUUACGACAAAGUUUCAGACGCAUCCGUAAAAGUCGGGUCUCUGGGAAGAAGCGUGCCGUCAGCACACCCACCAGCAAGGUCCAGGAGGCCAAUGCGGCCCUGGCGGAGCAGGAGGAGGUGGCUCCGGUGCAGCGGAGGAUCGAGCCCCGAUCAGCUGACGACUCGCUGUCGGGAGUGGUCCGGUGUCUCUGCUUCGCGGACACGUUUCUGCGCGACGGAACACACCACGGCGCCACGCUCUGGGCCGGUACCAACUCGGGCAGCGUUUAUGCCUACGCUCUGGAGGUGCCCAGCGUCGGUUCAGGCCGUGUGUGUGAGCGGGCCGGGGCGAGCGAGAGCAGCUCGUGUGUAGAGGCGGUGCUGGGUAAAGAGAUCCAGCUGAUGCACAGGGCUCCCGUAGUCUCCAUAAGUGUUCUGGAUGGGCGAGGGAAACCGCUCCCAGAUCCGUACGAGGCCUCCCAGGACCUCGCCAUCGCGCCGGACAUGACCAACGCUCACUCGGUCCUCAUCGCCUCUGAGGAGCAGCUUAAGGUGUUCUCUCUCCCCAAGGUGAGCGCCAAGACCAAGUUCAAGCUGACCGCUCACGAAGGCUGCCGGGUGAGGAAGGUCGCCUUGAUGCUCUUCAGCUCCGCUGUUCAGGAGGACUACAGUGAACACGCUCUGGUGUGCCUCACCAACCUGGGAGACAUGCACCUGUUCAACGUGCCCGGCCUCCGACCACAGGUGCGCUACGACUGCAUCCGUAAAGAGGACAUCAGCGGUAUCGCGUCCUGCGUCUUCACCAAGAACGGACAGGGGUUCUACCUGAUCUCUCCUUCUGAGUACGAGAGGUUCUCCCUGUCCACCAAAGUUCUCACAGAGCUGCUCUGCUCUGUCCAGCUGGACCGACCUCUAGAACCAACACCUGUCAGCGACUGUAUGAUGCAGCCUCAGGCCAACGGAACCCACAAGAACCCGAUGGGUCAGGCUGAGGGACACACACCAGAGCCCCCCAGCUCCCUGUCCUCCCCCAUCCUGGACACCCCGCUGGACUCCCCCCUCAGCUGUGCAGACCUCACCCUGGACUCCACCGGAGAGCUCACCGUGGAGGACGUCAGAGACUUCCUAACGACUGUGGACGAGGUGGAAAAUAAUCUGAAGAACAUGAAAGAAGAGGAAGGACGCUCCGCCGGCAUCCUCAUCAACUGAACAGACCUGCUUUCCCGCCACUUCGUCGAAUAGUUCCUGUGAUUUUUAGAUGGGAUUCCUGGUCCGUCGUCUCUUAUCUGGGAAGAGUUUGAGGGAGGGGCUGGAGCGAACAUCCCACACCAACCCACCUACCUGUUAGACUGGUUCCAGCUGGGAGGAAACGCCUCGGACAAACAAACUCUGACCCUGGAACCACUUUGGAAACAUGGCAACACCUCCCACAUGGAGACGCCGUGGCGUCUGGACAUUCUCUGGGCUCGGCCUUCAGCAGGGUUCCUUUUCUUGUGUUUUUUUUUUUUUUUCCCCUUUUCUGUGUGGAUGGAACGGACUUCCUGUGCAGACAAGUGGACGUGAUUGGUUCUUCAGUCCUGUUAACAACUUAUUUCUGUCAAACUGAAAGGAAAACUAAAAGAAAAGUAUUUUUGAACUUGGUAGAACCCUUUAGGCGCCAGCCGCAGCGUCUAAAGUGUUAAAUCCCCCGUUUGGGUCAAGAUGGAGGAAGUUGAUUAACUGGAAGUUUUGUAUUGUUGGAGAGAAAAUUUAUUUUGAUGUAAAGUUGAAGGAAAACGAAGAGAACCGCACUGACUUUAAAGGGAGCUGACCUUUGACCUAAUGACAGGAAGUCAUCAGGACCAGAUGAUGAUGAAAGCAGUUAAACUGUUCAGAUUUGGGGGUUUGUGCCACUUUCUGCUUAAGUUUGCUUCAGAUUUUAGCACUGAGUGAAGAUAUCCCCUCAGACGAGGGCGAGGGACGUGGCAACAGGAGCUGCUUGUGUUCGAGUUUCGACGGGACUCAGGGAAGUGUUGCAAAGUCAGUCUGAAAGUGCAUUCUGGGUAACGUUGCCAACAAGCCGAGUUUUAAAUCAGUUUUUUUUUUAUUUAAACAUUAACCGUAAGCUAAACGUGUCGUAGCGCCUCGUCACUCGUGUAGCCCAGCAGGUAGGAGGAGCCAGCGUUUGUUCUGGAAGGCACGCGUUAACUCGUUCAUGUUACGUCUGACGUCAUCUGACUUUUUAAUCCAACACUUGAUGAGUUUACGGUCGGGUUCAUUUGUAGGAAUUUAUUCAUUUGAUUAUUUUGGCUGAUGAUGAAUUGUGAAUGUUAAUAAAAACGUAUUUACUCUGA